ACCCCGACAGCUUCUCGCACGCGGGCCACGCCAGGGACAAGUCUCAGCCACCUGCUCCGGAGCGGAGGUGCCGGGGGCGCCGUCCACGCCUGCGUCGGUGCGUGCGCCCAGGGCCCCAUGGAGCUGCCAGCCAACAAUGCCAGCUGCGAGAACGGUUCCCUGCUCACCUUAUACUGCUCCUCCCAACAAGUCCUGUGCCAGAUCGUUGGUGACCUCAGUCCCCAGAUACCCAGCAAUGUCACCUCUAUCAGCUGGCAGGAGAGGUUCAGGCAGAACUACAGCUUCUACGUCGGCCUGGGUCUGGCCUUCCUGUCCAGUUUCCUCAUCGGCAGCAGCGUCAUCCUCAAGAAGAAAGGCCUCCUGCGACUGGUGGCCUCGGGGGCCACGCGGGCUGUGGACGGAGGCUAUGGCUACCUGAAGGAUGGCAUGUGGUGGGCUGGGUUUCUCACCAUGGCUGCUGGAGAAGUUGCCAACUUCGGGGCCUACGCAUUUGCUCCUGCGACAGUCAUCACACCUCUGGGAGCGCUGAGUGUCCUCAUAAGUGCCAUCCUUUCCUCGUAUUUCCUGGGAGAGAGUCUGAAUCUGCUGGGAAAGCUGGGCUGUGUGAUCUGUGUGGCUGGCAGCACAGUGAUGGUGAUACACGCCCCCGAGGAAGAGAAGAUCACCACUGUCAUUGAAAUGGCUGCCAAGAUGAAAGACACAGGGUACAUAGUGUUUGCUGUGCUUCUGCUGGUGUUCUGCCUCAUCCUCAUCUUCGUCGUCGCCCCACGUUACGGACAAAGGAACAUCCUCGUGUACAUCGUCAUCUGCUCUGUGAUCGGCGCCUUCUCUGUGUCCGCCGUCAAGGGCCUGGGCAUCACCAUUAAGAACUUCUUCCAGGGGUUGCCGGUGGUGCGCCACCCCCUGCCCUACAUCCUGUCCCUCAUCCUGGCACUUUCGCUCAGCACUCAGGUCAACUUCCUCAACAGAGCGCUGGACAUUUUUAAUACCUCCCUGGUGUUCCCCAUCUACUACGUGUUCUUCACCACGAUCGUGGUCACCUCCUCCAUCAUCCUCUUCAAGGAGUGGCACAGCAUGUCUGCCGUGGACGUCGUGGGCACCCUCUCUGGCUUUGUCACUGUCAUCCUGGGUGUGUUCAUGCUUCACGCUUUCAAGGACCUGGAUAUCAGCCGGACCAACUUGCCCCACAUGCACAAAAACCCACCGCCCACUCCCGCCCCAGAACCUGCUGCCAUUAGACUAGAAGACAAGAAUGAUCUUGUGAACAAUAUAGAACUCUCCAGUACCCCAUCGCCAGGAGAAAAGCCCAAAGUGUUUAUAAUUCAGUCUUAAAGCUUGGAAUACAUGAGCAAGAGGAUGAACCCUAUGGGACAGCCUGACGUCCCCGGUUCAGAGCCAAGCCACCUGGUUAUUUUCAGCACAACUGUUACCAGUGGGCUCUCAUUUCUGAGACGUUCAUUUAUACCUCAUCACUGUCUCCGGGAGAAAAAUCCCUACCCAGGGAGUGGGGGUGGCAGAGCUUCCUGGAAACAAAGCCUCAGUGACCAAAUACCCUACUUCCAUCGUUGCCAGCAGGUCCCCUGGACCCCCCCCCCUUCCCACUUGUUUCCUUGGUGCCAUCUCUGUGUUGUUGGGAACAAGAUAGAAUUUGACCUGUUGAAUGUAGCACAGUCUGAGAACUUGCCGAGACAUCCUUAGCACUAGUUCUCCUGAGACUGACUCGCCAUUCCUUAGCCCAAGGAUGAAGUAAAGCUGGCUCGAGGCGCAGAGAGCAAUUCGCCACGCCUCCCUUCCAGAGCUGACAGACACAACUAGUGAAAAAUGUCUGGCUGAUUUUGCCACUUCCUCUUCGGAGACAGAAACAAGACCUCAGCUGACCUUCUUACUGUGAACACCACCUGAUGUCUCAGGGAACCAUUUCCACCGCCGUCUGCACUCCCCAAGCACUCUAGCCUGGAGGUCAGCAUCUUUGUCCCCAUCUACUGCACCCCCAUGCCCGCCCCUUCCCUCUCUAUAUUCGUGGAAGGAGUCAGUCGCUGAGACAUUCAGGCAGUUAUGUCAGAACUCAAAGCCACAGCACCCACAACAGAAGAUGCUUCGCAGCCAAGCUCUGCUGGCCAAACCCAGUGUUUUAUUUUGCCUAACUCUGGAAAGAGGACAGCAGUUGCACUGCCCUUAAAAGUACCCUGUCAAGCUAGAAUUUGGCAGACCGCACUUUUCUUUUCCUCAAGGAGUAAAGCAAAAUAAGAUUUGGAGAGGUGGCAAGAGUGAAGAGCAAAGUCAGGAUUUGGCAGGAAGCAGACAGACAGGGCUAACUUUUGUGUUUACUCUGGUGCCCAACCAAGGCCCCGGGUGGAGAGGGCUCUGGGUAAUUUCUCAGCUCCCGCCUUAGAGGCUUGGCCAGUGGAACCACUUUUGGACUUCAGUGACCACCAAGUGGAGUGUAGGCUUGGCACAGAUGCAUUCUGGCUGUUGACCAGAUUGCCCCAAAGUCCCCAGCUGAUGUGUUGCCCACCUUGGGAUGUCAUGAUGUGUCAUGGCGUGUCAUGCUGCUCCAGCACCACCUGCUUUGGGGACUGCCUUUGGUCCCCUCACAUUUGGCCAGAGGCAUUCAAAACACAAGAGCAGCUGGAGAGAGAUAUAAUUGAUACCCUUCCCUUCCUGUGUUUUCUCGAGCUGCAGGAGUGUGGGAGUUGGUACGAGGACCAGUGAAAGGGAAGUAAGGGAGUCAGCAUCUCUGUAAAGAGGGAGGGCUUGAUCCUCAGCCCCCAGGUUGGUGUAAUGCCUCCCCUGUCCUACUCCAUACCUGCCCCUGUGUUUACGUCCCAUGUUCUAAGCGCAGCCAAACCCAAACCAAACUUGCUGGCCCUGGAGCUCCAAAGGCUCAGCUGACCCAACAGGCUGGCUUCCUACACCUCCAGCCUCAAACCCCCAGUGUUUAGUGGAUGUGGAUGUGUCUGUAACUAAAAUGAAUGCAGCACUUUGGAUCUUGAGAAUGGCAGUCAUCUGAGGAGCCUGAGAGUGUGAUCUACAGGGUCAAGAAUAAAGACCUGCGAGUGUGUUUACUUUA